AUGAAGGCGCCAGUUCCAUGGAGGCAACGCGCAGCCUCCCAUAGCAUCAGCAGCAUCAGCAUCAGCAGCAUCAGCAUCAGCAGCAUCAGCAUCAGCAGCAUCAGCCGCAGCACCUUCCUUACGCGCGCCUCAUUCGCCGCCCCGGCUGCCUCCGCCGCCCGUCCUCAACGACGCCGAGCUCACGACGCACCGCCCAGCCGCCGCGGCCAGCGAUUCCCAACGCCCAAGUCCCCGUUGCUCAACCCGCCGGCCUCGACGCGCCCCCCGCCGCUCGACGUGCCGGCCCGGGGCGACGCCCCCUCCACGUUCCGGUACCUGCUGCAGCUGGGCAAGGGCUACCUCCGGUUCUACAAGGACGGCCUGCGCGCCGUGCUGGCGAACCGGCGCCUGCUGCGGGACAAGCUCGCGCGGACGCCGAGCGAGGAGCGCCCGUCGGUCUUUUGGCGGCGGCCGCCCCCCCGCGUGCCGCGGACCUUCUCCCGGGCCGACUGGGUGCUCCUGUGGCGGGUGCGGCACGACCUGCUGCGGCUGCCGCUCUUCGGGCUGAUGCUCGUCGUCAUUGGCGAGUUCACGGCCCUGGCGGUGGUCUACGUGGACGGCGUGGUCCCGCACACGUGCCGCGUGCCGCGGCAGCUGCGGCGGGGCCUGGAGAGGGCCGAGCAGCGGCGCCGGGCGGCGUUUGACGACCUCGAGGCCCGGCACCCGCACGGCGUGCUGAGCCCGCGCGUCGGGCCGGCCGUCGCGCGCCGCCACGUCCUGCGCAGCCUGCACCUGUCGGGCCGCCUGUGGGACCGGCUGGGGGCCGCGGCGCCGCACGCCCUGCUGUGGCGGCUCAAGGGGCGGCCGCGCAUGGCCUUUCUCGACGGCGACGACCGGGGCCUGAUCGAGGACGGCGGGCCGACGGGCCUGGAGCCCGAGGAGCUGCGCAUCGCGUGCGCGGAGCGAGGCAUCGACGUGCUGGGCCGGCGCGAGGCCGAGCUGCGCACCUGGCUGGGCGACUGGCUGCGGCUGACGGCCGCCGAGGACGCGGCCGAGAGGAGGAGGCGGGUGGCAGUGCUGCUGAUGACGAGACGGGAGCAUUGGCCGCUGCAGCGGGACUUUGCCGUGCCAGACUGGGAGCUGUAG